AUGGACUCACUCGAUGGAAUUCUUUUGGUUCCGCCGGACCGCGGCCAGAUUCUCGGCAGGGCUAUGUGGAAGGCCCGCUACGUCGUCGUUGGCCGACGAGGCGCCCCAAGAGAUCCACCGACCUCGAGUUACCCACAUAAAAUCGCUCCCAGUCGAACAUUCUCCAACAGUUCCAAGAUUAGAGAGCCAAUUCAGGCUCAGCAUGGCGAGUACAUGAUCUCGGUUUACAAAUCAAAGGACGAAUACGAGCCCUACUACCAAUGUCCUGUGAAUUCGGUAGCCGAUUGUCAAGUCCAGCAGGUCGCUCAUCGCAAGCAAGGCCCCAUAUUGCCCACUCUAGUCAUCACCGUUGCCGAUAAGGAGAAGAAACGCCGCUCGAGCAGGGCUGCAGGCCUCAUUUCUGGCAAGGAAUCGACGCAAUCGAUGCUAUGGUUUCGAACCCCUCCCGACGACCACCACCACAGUCUUCACGAAUGGAAACACUUCAUAUUGUCUAGGAAAUUGCCGAUGAGUCCCGAAAGCCCUGUGUCGCCUACGUUUGUCAACCCGUUCGCCUCACGAUCCGAUGGACGGCCGUCGAGUGGGAACCAAAAGCGAUCGACCAUUUCGCACCUAUCGCAACAGAGCCAGGGCUACACCGGCAGAGAUCGUGAUGGUCCACCAGUUUCUUACAGCUCCGAGUCGCCCAGUCUCCGUUCGAAGCGAAGCGAUGUCUCUUCCCCUACAAGUGGCAUCCAUAUGAGCCUGUCGCACAGAAAUCUCCCUAGUCAACACUACACGAGGGUAUUACCAACCGACAUUCCCCCAGACCUGCCGUCUCCUGCUGAAUCUGGAGCGGGCGAUCAGCACAUCAAUGAGUUGAUUGAAGGGUGGUCCAGUCCUCAGACUCGCUCUUCGUCGUUCAGUUCCCCCCGCGGCGGACCCCCACCGCUAGAUCGUAGACACACGUCUGUUGCUGCUAGUCCGACGGUGAACCGUGAGACUAUUCUUGACCGAGCCUUCCAGUUACGCUGCAUCCCAGGUUCCGAACGUGCCGUUCCCGGAGAAGAAAAGCUCAGCUCCCUUGCCCGUUUCGACGCUCUGAUGCGUGAGUCCGAAGAACGCCGAAAACAGCAGCCAGUGUCUCAGGAAAAGGAGGUCCGAGAUGCCAAAAGGCAAGGGCGAAGGGUCUGGGAAAUGGGCGGCGACUCAAGCGAGUCUGAAGACGAUAGGGAGACCGAUGAUGAGGAUGACGAUGGCGAAGACGACUAUCACCUUGAACAGAACUCACGACGCCCCCGCCGAGAUACGAUAAUACCCCCUGCAACUCAACGCGCACUCGAGUUCAUCGCGGGGCGCUACGAUCGGCCUCAUUCCCCGCGGACCCCUCACACCGCCGCCCUCCCUCCCGAGAAAUCGGAUUUAGCCUCCACGGCCGCAGGGACAGGGGCACCUUACCGUCCCCAUACUAGCUACUCGAGAACGCGACCCAACAUGUCUUCCCGCACGCAGAGCCAGCCGCACCUAUUGCAUAACCCAAAUGAGAAGGUGGCCUCGCCCACGGAGGAGCCGCUUGACGUCGAGAGACGGCAGCCAGCUUCGAACUCGAACAGCACAAAACGGCUCAGCGUCACAGACAUCACCAAGAGACUAUCCAGCACCAGCAGCCUGCUCCUCGUCCAAACCAACACGAGUGGAGCGAGCAGUCGGGGAAGUUCAGAACUAGAUUAUUUUCCCGUGCCGCCGUUGCCGCGAUCCAGUCUCAGUGCACGUAGCACUGCAGCUCUCCCUAGCCUCAGACAACCCCGAGAAACAGACGAUCGGGAUAAGCGGUGUGGCUGGCGAUCCAGUGUUGGAGUCAUUGGCGGUCCCGAGGGAGGUUUUGUAUGA